AUGUCUAUUGUUCAAGAAAAGCUAUAAAACGGGGUUUUGGGUGAGUAGAAAUUACUUAAUCUACGAUUCUAAACUCAUCAAGGUCAAAGUAAUUCUCAUCUUGCUAUCUUAGCCAAACAUAAGACAAUGUCAUAUUGUAAAUCUGAACUUGUCUAGAAUUCAAAAGUUAAAGUACGAAAAUAAACAAGAAAAGGAGAGCUUCAAUAAGGUUAAAGUGCCUAUUCAAUUUUUUAGAAGAAAUAUGGGUUUCGUAUCAUCCGAAAUAAUCAGUACAGGGAGCUCUACAGUAGAUCAAAAGAACUGAAUUAAUAACUGUGGGAACAUUUAAGAAAGUGUGCUAUUCUCACUCAAUUCAAAGAGGAUUACUCGUUGGAGAAGAUGGUCGGCAAGGGGAACUUCGCGAAGGUGUAUCAGACUAUAAACAAGGAAACCAAAAAAUUAUAUGCUGUAAAAGUAUUUGAAAAAUCCAAAAUAAAAAAUUCUGAAACUGACCGAUUAGCCCUGGUAAAGGAAAUGACCAUAAUGAGAAAGUUAGACCACAAGGGUUUAAUUAAAAUGUAUGAAGUUUAUGAAGAUGAUUCUAAUGUCUUCUUUAUUUUAGAGUAUUUGGAAGGAGGAGAAUUACAUAAUCACAUUUAAAAAAAUUAAAAAUUCCCUGAAAAAGUAGUUGCCAAAAUUCUAGCUACAGUUUUGGAUUCAUUAGAUUACUUAUAAAAGUCAAAUGUGUUGCAUAGAGAUUUGAAACCCGAUAAUUUAAUCCUAAGGAACAAAGGAAUCUUAGAUGAUGUAGUUAUCACUGAUUUUGGAUUGGCUGACAUUUAUUCUUCUACUGGAAAUUAUAUGUUCUCAAGAUGUGGCACUCCAGGAUUUGUGGCUCCAGAAGUAUUAUAGGAUAAACUAUACGAUUUCAAAAUCGAUAUAUUUAGUGUCGGUUGUUUAAUGUACUUGCUUUUAACCCACAAGUAAGCCUUUAGAGGAACUAAUUAUGAUGAAAUAGUCAUGAAAAACUAUCAUUGUAAAGUGGAUUAUUAAUCAAUUGAGAACGAAAUAUCAGCUGAUGCUAUGUCAUUAUUGAAAUAACUUCUUCAUCCAAAAUCGUAAUGCAGACCUUCAGCAAGACUAGCACUUAAGCACAAGUGGUUUUAAACGAAUCUAGAUGAAGUUCGAUUUAAAUAAUUAAAUUGUGAUCUCUCUGAAACUAAAGACUCUACAAUGAAGUCGAGUUUAAGUGAUAUCCCUUUUUUAUAUCUGAAUAAGAGUUAAAAUUCUAAAUUAAAUUUCUCGACUCCUCAAUAACGUCAAAUUAUUUAGAAAAACUAAGAAUCGUAAUUAUUCACUCCUUAAGCAAUGCUACAAAUUGAUGAGUCUUUAAAUGAUAACAUCAAUUCCCUUAAAAUUUUGGAUGAUACUAUUACGGAUAUUCAGGUGGAAGACGAAUCUCCAUAAUCCCAUCUUCUACCUCAAUAUCAACUUAUAAGCAAAAUGAAAUUAGUUGUGGACUCAAAAGCCUCAUCACUCUAUGGGUCUCCAAUGAUUUUGAAUACUCCAGAUGUGACUGCAAGGAAGCUAAUAUAAGGUAAUUAGAAAGAUGAGAUUGCUCAGAUUCAACCUCAAAAAAGAGCUAAUAAAGUAAUGAAUAAUUUAAGAAGUCUUGAAUCUUAAUGA